AUGCAGCACGUGCUGCUCCCGACCGACCCGACCGCGCGCCGCACGGGCAUUGAUUGGUUCUCACAUCGCCUCUUUUACAACACGGACCGGAUGCUUGCGCACACGUUCUUUCUAUCGUCGUCGUUACGGCUCCAGGACCACGUUCAGAUCGACUGUGGCAACGAUUCGGUCGACAUUUCUGCGCGCCUGCAGGUCGACAUUGCACUGCCACUCGAAGUCACGCACUCGGUCCUCCAUGAUGCGAUCUGGUCGAUCAUGCGCGGUGACGGCGCCCCUUUCCUGCUAGCGUUUCUCGAUCAGGAGAUGCUGUCUUCAUCAUGA